ACCGCGGUUCGGGGUCCCAAAAGGACGGAAAAGGAGUCUAAAUAAAAUGUCUGCCAAUAGCAUUGCUUUGAUUUUUUUAAAUCAGGUGCUGACCUGGACUCGGUCCAUCCCUUUCUAUCCAAAACUGUUUUGGAAGGGGCCACCAAAUGGAUACACCACCAGUCAAUUCAAUGGGAGAGAAGGACAGCUGUCAACCGCAACAACAAGGGGAAAAGAACCUUAAAUUACCUACUCAGAUUAGGCAGCAUCCGCGAGACUCUCCUACGGAAAUCCUUGAACUGAGAGUGAGCCCAGAUCCAGCUAGCCAAAUUCUAGAGAAUCCUCAGCAAACUGAAAAACUGGCCGCUGAACUUGAAAGAGACUCUGCUAAGUCUCAUGGAUCAGCCAGUGCGAUGUCAGAGCCCCUUCAAGCUUCUGAUCUCUGGUACUGUCCUGAUGGCAGCUUUGUCAAGAAGAUCGUAGUCCGUGGCCACGGCUUGGACAAACCCAAGCUGGGCUCCCGCUGCAGGGGUCGAGACUCCUGGGAGCUGGAGGACACCGAGAAGGAGGCCUUGGCCAGAGAAGAACGUGCAAGGGGCACAGAAUUAUUUCGAGCGGGGAAUCCGGAAGGAGCUGCCCGAUGCUAUGCACGGGCUCUUCGGCUGCUGCUGACCUUACCCCCACCUGGCCCUCCGGAACGAACUGUCCUUCACGCCAACCUGGCUGCCUGUCAGUUGCUGCUAGGGCAGCCCCAAUUGGCGGCCCAAAGUUGUGACCGGGUGCUGGAGCGGGAGCCUGGCCACAUAAAGGCGUUGUACCGAAGGGGCGUUGCCCAGGCUGCUCUUGGAAACCUGGAAAAAGCAAUGACUGACCUCAAGAAGGUGUUGGCCGUAGACCCCAAAAACCGGGCAGCCCAGGAGGAGCUGGGAAAGGUGAUCAUUCAGGGGAAGAAACAGGAUGCAGGGCUGGCUCAAGGACUGCGCAAGAUGUUUGGCUGAUUAAAAGUUAAACCUUAAA